CCUCCCCUACAGAGGGACCUGAACCGGCUCUGUGCUGGCGGAUGCCGACAUGGUGCCCCUGCUGCGGCUGCUCCCCCUGCUGCCGCUGCUGCCCCUGCUGUGGGGGGGGUCCCUGCAGGAGCUUCCAGGGUACGAGCUCCGAGUGCAGGAAUCAGUGGCGGUGCAGGCGUGCAUGGACGUCCACGUGCCCUGCUCCUUCUCCUAUCCCUGGAGUUCGGGAAAUUCCUGGUAUUCCUCUGACGAACCCUUCAUCUACUGGUUCCGGGAAGGAGACCGCCAUUACAGUGAUGCUGUGGCCACAAACGACCGAAAGAAACGAGUGAAGUCAGAGACCCAGGGCCGAUUCCGCCUCCUGGGGGACCCCAGGGACAACGACUGCUCCCUGAGCAUCAAAGAGGCCAGGCUGAGCGACUCAGGAGUCUACUACUUGCGAGUGGAGAGAGGAUCUCUGAAAUACAAUUACAGAGAGAAGCAGCUGAAUUUGCAGGUGACAGAGAAACCCGACAUCCAGUUCCUGGAGCCUCUGGAGUCUGGCCGCCGCACACCUCUGACCUGCAGCCUGUCGCUGGUCUGUGAUGGGCCACACCCUCUCCUGUUCUCCUGGGCGGGAGAUGCCCUUGAUGCCAUGAACCCAGACACCCUCCACUCCUCGGAGCUCACCCUCACCCCGAGGCCCCAGGACCACGGCACCAACCUCACCUGUUGGGUGACACUCCAGGGAGCACAGGUGACCCUAGAGAGAACCGUCCUGCUCAACGUCUCCUAUGCCCCGAGGAACCUCCGCAUCAGCCUCUCCUUCAGAAACAUCACAGCCCUCAAGAUUCUGCAGAACGCCUCAUCUAUUCUCAUCUCAGAGGGCCAGGCACUGCAGCUGCUGUGUGUUGCUGACAAACCCCCUGCACAGAUGAGCUGGUUCUGGGGAUCCCCUGCCCUGGAGUCUACCCCCAUCUCCAGCACCGGGGUCUUGGAAAUACCACAAGUAGUGGCUGGAGAUGGAGGAGAAGUCACCUGCCGAGCUCAGCACCCACUGGGCUCCCAGCAAGUUUCCUUCAGCCUCUCUGUGCAGAAAGGCCCCCCUCCCUGCAGCUCUGAGACUGAGGAGCAGCAGGGCUCCUGGCCCCUGGUCCUCACCCUGAUCAGGGGGGCCCUCAUGGGGGCUGGCUUCCUCCUCACCUAUGGCCUCACCUGGACCUACUACACCAGGGACUUCCGUGUCGGUCCAGUGGUUGAGCCUGCGAGUUUCCACUUCAAGGGGCAAGGGUUCGAUCCCAGGUGUGGCGGCCAGUAGGGAGCUGGGCUGAGGGGUGUGGCCGAGCCUGCUCUCUGUCAUGAGGAGAUUCACCUGAGGAUGCAGAGCCCAGAGGACAGAUGUGGGGACAUCACUGCGAGCUUCUCCCUGGAAACUCUCGCCUCCAACCCUGUGUUGUUUGCAUCCACGAGCCUUCAUUUGUAGAGAUGACUGCGAGACAGUAGGAAGAGUCACUACCACUGAAAGGAGACUUUCUGACUUAACUCGCUUAGUAUGAGAUUACUCAUGAUUUUAGACGUAUCAAUAACUCAUUGUUGGUUCUGCUUGGUUUUUGUCUUGAAAAUAGUAUUUUACAUAUGACUAUUCCUCCAGUUAUGUAUGGAUUCUAAAAUAC